GCAACUCUGUGACAAGCAACUCGAUCAUGGCGCAUUCCGCCUCGAUCAUGGCGCAUUCGAAAUUUAUCGAAAUCUAUCGACGCCGCGAUAUUCUCGAUACAUUAAAGCAGCGCCUGCGCAAAUAAAUUCCCCACUCAUCGACUUUCUUUGCAUCGUCUGCUAAAAAUUGGCGGGUAAAUAUCAGUACGUUAGCAGAGUAAUGUAAUAUUCGGUUGUGCAAAUAAUUAUAUAUAUGUUAUUGUUUAUAGAGUUUAAAGAGUUUAUAGAGUUUAAACAAUGGAGCAUGAGGACAGUGAUUCUGACCUUGACAUUCUAAAUAAUCUCAUAUCAAGUUGCACCGAAGAGACUGAGCAACUUGAACAGUUUGAAGAACCUAAGCAGCUCAAAGAACCUACACUAUUAGAACCAAAAAAAUCUCUGACAGAAUUACAGUUCAAUUUCUUAGAUUCUGUGCCUAACAAUAAUGUAAAUAAUGAGACUAAACUCACUGAUGAAAAAGUAAGUAGAAUUUAUGAUGACAAACUUGAUUCUUCUGAUGAUGAGGACAGGCGAUAUUUUGAAGAACAAAAAUAUUCUAACUAUGGGCGUGAAAUCAAACAUCUGUUAAAAGAACGUUCCACUUUAAAAACUGAGCAACAUGUCAAAUCACAGAGUGAAAAGACUGCUAAUUUUAAUAAUAACAAAAGUAAGACGUUUGAUUUCAAUAAUGCCAUAAAAGGUAAUGAUGGUAGUACAAAAGACGUAUACAGUGAUCCCUUUUUUGGAAUAAGAAUAGUUAGUCCUCUUGUGUCUUCUAGUGAAUUGAAAGAACGCAUGAAGGAUAAAAUAGCUAUAACAGUAUCAAAAGUAAAAAGCCACAUUAUUUCCGAUAAUGUACAUAAUGAUUGGGUGAUCGCUGGUGUAUUAAUCAAUAAAUCGGUCACAAAAACCUCGCAGAAAGGCACUUCUUACUGCAUCUGGAAAAUAAGUGACUUAUCCAAUGAUCUGAAAACUGUAUCUAUCUUUCUAUUUAGUAACGCGUACAAACAAUUAUGGAAAACUAUCGUCGGCAGCGUGAUAGGUAUUCUUAAUCCAAAUGUACUCGAGAAUAAAGAUAACAUUGAUCAAGCGACAUUGUCAAUCGACAAUCCUCAGAGACUGAUGAUUCUUGGCAGAUCUAAAGAUAUGGGCAAAUGCAAGUCAGUCAAGAAGAAUGGUGAUCCAUGCACCGCGAUUGUAAACAUAAGUCGAUGCGAGUAUUGCAUCUAUCACGUUAAGCAGGAAUACAAGAAAUGUGCGCUACGAGCGGAUAUACAGUCAAGCAAUACUAGUUACGGAUUCACUGGAGACGCGAUAAAACGCAUGAAUAAGCAGACCGUUAUGCGAAAACCCUACAAUGGAUUGGCAUCAUUCGUUCCGGUGUUGGCCCAACGCAACGAGGAACUGUACGAAAAGGAUCGAGCGCGUUUGGAAUUAUUAUCUGAGACAACUUCAGAUAACAGUUUUAAGAAAGUAAAAAAUGACUCGAACUCUGCGAAUAAUAUGGAUACUAAAAAAGGGAUAGCUGUCGAAUUGACAAACAAACAAUCAAGGAAAGAUUUGGAACGACUCAAUAAACUGAGAGGCUGGCAACCGUCAAAACAAGUAAUGGUACAAUCAACGCCUAAUGGGCCAAUAUUGUGUUCCACUUUAAUACAACCAAAAGAAAGUAAUCCUAUAAUUAAAACUAAAAGCAAUCAUACAAAUAAGAUCAGCUUGACUGCUUUAUCUUCAAGCCCGCGAUUAGGAAUGGGAUGUAAUCAGGGUACAAUAGAUUUCUCCGAACCAAUUACGAAGCAACAGAUUCACAAGGCUAAGAUGAACGCAAUCAAGUGGGUGCAGGAACAUGGAAAGAUUAAAGCAAAAAAUCCUAAUCAGGUCCGCGUAAGCACAAAAGAAAAACUAGAGAAAAACGCGAAGCGUCAAAGAGAGAAUGACGAACAGGAAGAACGGAGUGCGAAAAAAAUUAAUUUAAAUGACAAAUUUAAAGAGAUGUUAGAAGCUAAGUCCUCGCAUACAGAUUUGAUUGACAAGUCAUACGACGAAGAGAAGGAGAAAUAUUUCAACAAGUUGGAAGCGAAGGAGAGAAUGGAAGAAAAGAUGAUGAGCACUUUCAAGGUCAAUUGUAAAGCCGUGAAGUGUGCAAUAUGCAAGUACACAGCAUUCUCAGCAUCGGACAUGUGCAAAGAGCAGAGACAUCCAUUGCGCGUGAUCGACGCUGUUAAGAGAUUUUUCAAGUGCACCGAUUGCGGCAACCGGACUGUCAGCUUAAACCGUAUGCCAUCGCACAGCUGCGGCAAGUGCAGCAGCUCGAAUUGGGCCAGAGCAGCAAUGAUGGACGAGAGAAAAACCGCUAUCAUCGCAGAGACUCUGUCCAUACGAGGCGCCGAAGAAAAAUUUCUGGGUUCGAUAGUGAAGGAUGCUAAUCUCAAUCUUCUCGUUCCAAAUGAAGAUUAAUAUCUACUUACUCACAAUAUAUUUUUGAGAUGAGUAUUAGAAGUAUUUAUAACAUAAAAUAGAGAAAU